AUGGGAAAGAAAAAAUAGAAAAAUCUUAAUUAUACAGUAUUUUUUGAGGAUGAUUGUUUCAACCCUCGUUUACAAUUAGAACAAAAAAUAGGGAUAUCUUUAAGCCCUCCCAAAAUUACUCCAUAAAAAAUUAAUAAUUAAUAGGAUUAAUAAUAAGUUACUAUGGCAGUAAUUUAACCCACCAUAAGUGCUAUGUAUAAUUAAAACAUAGAGUUCAUUAGUAAAAUUUCUAAAGAAGAGAAUCUCUCUAAAGAAAUCCAAUAAUCUGAAGUGAAACUAAAACCUACCGAAACAUUUGAAUAAAAAAUAAUGUUUAGACCUGUUUAAUUAAAGCCAGUUAUCAUUUAAUUUGAAAGAGAAAGAAGUUCUAGAAAAAAAUGA